GUUUCACCGAUUUGAUCUCUGACGAACGACGACGAUGAGAUGUCGCCAUCGUAUGUGUCUGAAAACUUCCAUAUUGAAUGACGUGUCCCACCGGUUCCCCUCUACCAUUACCUAACCAUUCCCCCUGUAUAUUUAACCUCCCGCCAACGCUCCUUUCCCAAACCAGGAAAAGAAAGAAAAAAAAAACAAAGGCAAAAACUCCCGUUACCAAACACCCACCCAAUUCCCCCUGUUCCUCCCUCCGCCGCCGCCUGAAUCCCCGCAUUUCCUCCCCGUUCAGGCGACGGUGGUAGACAUGGAGCCUCAAAACAACCACCACGGCGAUCAAUUCAUCUUCCGCUCCAAGCUCCCGGACAUCUACAUCCCCCAACACCUCCCUCUCCAUUCCUACUGCUUCGAGAACAUUGCCCUGUUCGCCGACAAGCCCUGCCUCAUCGACGCCUCCACCGGAGCCACCCACACCUACGCCGACGUCGACCUCACCGCCCGCCGCGUCGCGGCCGGCCUCCACAACGAGCUCGGGAUCCAUCAGGGCGACGUCAUCAUGCUCCUCCUCCAGAACUCCCCUGAAUUCGUCUACGCCUUCCUCGCCGCCUCGCACCUCGGCGCCGUCGUCACCACCGCGAACCCGUUCUACACCCCGGUCGAAAUCGCCAAGCAGAUCGCCGCCUCGAAGGCCAAGCUCGUGAUCACGCACUCCAAUUUCGCCGAAAAAAUCAAAUCGGAAGUGAGAAUCGUCACGAUCGACGAUGCUCUGUUUUUCAAAUUCUCGGAUCUGGUGAAGGAGGGGGAAAUCGAACCGAUCCUCCCCGCGGUGAAGAUAAAUCCCGACGACGUGGUGGCGCUGCCGUAUUCUUCGGGGACGACGGGGCUGCCGAAGGGCGUGAUGCUGACGCACAGGGGGCUGGUGACGAGCGUGGCGCAGCAGGUCGACGGCGAGAAUCCGAAUCUGUAUUUCCAUCGGGACGACGUGAUCCUCUGCGUUUUGCCGUUGUUCCACAUCUAUUCGCUGAAUUCGAUCAUGCUCUGCGGGCUGAGGGUCGGGGCGGCGAUUCUGAUCAUGCCGAAAUUUGAGAUUGGGGCUCUGGUGGAGCUGGUGCAGAGGUACAGGGUGACCAUCGCGCCGUUCGUGCCGCCGAUCGUGCUCGCGAUCGCGAAGUGGCCGGAGAUCGAUCGGUACGACUUGUCGUCGAUUAGGAUGGUGAUGUCCGGCGCGGCGCCGAUGGGGAAGGAGCUCGAGGAUGAUGUCAGGGCGAAGCUGCCCAAUGCCACACUUGGUCAGGGAUACGGAAUGACGGAGGCGGGGCCCGUGCUGUCGAUGUGCUUGGCAUUUGCCAAGGAGCCGUUUGAGAUAAAGUCCGGCGCCUGCGGGACGGUGGUGAGGAACGCCGAGAUGAAGAUCGUCGAUCCGGACACCGGCGCGUCACUUCCCCGGAACCAGUCCGGCGAGAUUUGCAUUCGAGGCAGCCAGAUCAUGAAAGGCUACCUGAACGAUCCGGAGGCGACGGAGAACACGAUCGACAAGGAAGGAUGGCUACACACCGGCGACAUAGGCUACAUCGACGACGACAGCGAGCUGUUCAUCGUCGACAGGCUGAAGGAACUCAUCAAGUACAAAGGGUUCCAAGUUGCUCCGGCGGAGCUAGAAGCCAUGUUGCUCGCCCAUCCCAACAUCUCCGACGCCGCCGUCGUCCCGAUGAAAGAUGAGAGCGCAGGAGAGGUCCCCGUGGCAUUCGUGGUGAGAUCGAACGGUUCCAAAAUCAGCGAGGACGAGAUCAGACAGUACAUUUCGAAACAGGUCAUAUUCUACAAGAGAAUCAGUAGGGUGUUCUUCACGGACUCCAUUCCCAAAGCUCCGUCGGGGAAGAUUCUGAGGAAGGAUUUGAGAGCCAGGCUGGCCGCCGGUGUUCCCGCUUGAUUUUUCGAUGUUUAAUAUAUAGAGAUAUGUUGUAAUUUCUCGUUGUGACAGUGCAAUUUGGGGACUUGUAAUGUUUAAUUAUGGAGGGGUGGUUUUCAUUUUUGAGGAUGUAAAUUAUGGGAAUUGGGGGAAUUGGGUGAGGAGGUUGGUAAAUGGAGGUAUUAAUCAUAUAUGUAAUCAAACCUUUUUUUUUUUAAUAUGGUGUUCUUUCUGUGACGUUGAAGAGCAUGCUAGUGACUUUCAAAUAGGGAUGGCAAUGGGGCGGGUUUGGCUAAACCAUCCCCAUCCCCAUCUUCAAAUAUCCAAACUCAUACCCGCCCAAUACCCAUACGGGAGAAUGUUUAGCAAACCCAUCCCCAUACCCGUGGGUUUCGGGUACCCAUGGGUAAUACCCAUACCCGUACAUCCAACAUUAUUAUUCUAAAAUUUACAUGAAAAGUUUUAACUACAACUCUAAACGUACCUAUUAUAUCACGAAUUCAACAAAACGCGAUCAUUUUCUUAAUACGGUUCAAAGAAUAUGAUCCUAAAACAAUUAUUAAUACAUAAUAUAGAGUAUAAUAUUUUUCAAAUUAUUAUGUU